AUGUGUGUGGUGUUCGCUGCCUGUGUGGUGCUGGUUUCUCUGUUUGCGGGGCUGCUGGCAGUCGCUGCCUGGCUGUGGGCCAACCGCCGUCGGACGGCUAUCCCAGGACCCCCGACACUGCCGCUUGCGGGAAAUGGAUUCAGCUUCUACAAAGUGCCCGUGUUGUGGGACCGCCUCUGGGCGAUGCACAGUCGCUACGGGGACAUCUUCAGGUUCUACAUAGGCUCGAGGCUGGUGAUAGUGCUGACGCAGCCAGAAGACAUCCAGAGUGUGCUGCUGGGCAGUAAAUCACGAGAAAAUAUGCCACGUGAACGUGAACCUUUGGUCACAUACACCUUCCGUACAUUUCUAGGAGACGGGCUAAUCGGCGUCCAGGGUGAAAGAUGGAAAAGGCACCGAAAGCACAUCGAACGAGUAUUUCAUAUAGAAGAGCUGAAGAAAUUCGUGGACAAAUUCAACGACGCUGGACGCUUCUUGUGCGAGCAACUAGCAGAAAGCAAAGGAUCAGAAGUCGAAGUGUCCCACUCACUCGUUCACACUACGUUCCGCUCGGCUAUAGCCACUAUUUUCGACCUCGACCUGAACUGGAUCUUUCCAGAUCAGCACCGGCAGUCUGAAGUGGUUGAUCUGUGGAUUGAUUUCGGAGAAGCUUUAUCGGAAAUUUUAUACCGUCCAAUGACCAUAUUCAGCUGGACCAGGUGGAUGACUAAAGAAGGUCGGAUAUUGACAAAAUUCAAAACUGUUGUCAGAUACAUAACUGACCGUGUAUUCGCCUUAGGCAGGAAAAGACUUGAUAGUUCAAAGGCCAGUGAAAGAUCGCUCUUGGCUUGGAUUCUUAAAGAAAAGAAUUCAGGAACGAUAUUUACUGACAAGGAACUUCAUGAUGAAGCAGCGACAAUGGCGACGGUUGGCGUCGAGACCAUUACUAGCACCAUGGGCUACGCACUGACUCUGCUCGGACUCCACCCAGAGUGGCAAGAACUGGCGCAGCGUGAGCUGGACGACUGCUUCGGAACUGGGGGCGACUACUUACGACACGUCACCAUGGCAGAUAUUGCACAGCUUAAAGUCAUCGAUGCCAUUCUAAAGGAGACUGGGCGACUUUUCACGACGGUGCCCUGCAUGCUGUACGUGGCGGCCAAAGAUGUGCCGCUGGCAGGUGGCCGGUACAUCGCAGCCCGAGGCACCACGUUGCUGAUCGCCUACUACCUCAUGCACCGUCACCCAGACCUUUUCCCGGAGCCAGACAAGUUCGACCCCGGCCGGUUCCUGGAGGGCGGCAGCGCCGAGUCCAGGAAAGCUUAUAGCUACGUUCCAUUCGGCAUCGGUUCGCGCAAGUGCGUGGGGGAGCGGUACGCAGUUUUGCAGAUGAAGGUCGUCCUAGCGACGGUUCUGCGCCGCUACCAUAUACUGCCUGGAACGAGCAGGGAGGAGCUGGAAGACAGUGUGGUUUCAAUGGUAUCCCAGCCAGUCACUGGGUUUCGAGUUACUUUCAUCCCACGAGAUAACAUUCCUUCCAGUUCUGUCUGAGAGAAGACUGUGUUGGAAAAGUUAUUUACGCGGGUCACUCCAAAAGAAAUGCACACUAUUUUUUUUAAAUCCAUCUUUUGUUCUACAUGUUAAGUUUUACAGUGUGUACAUACAUCCUUUAGGAACAAUAUUUUCAUUUCUCCACAUAAUUUCCAUCCCUCUCAACUGCCUUACGCCAUCUUGGAACCAGCGCCUGUACACCCGCACAGUAAGAUUCUGGACCAACCUGUUGGAGCCACUUUUUGGCAGCGUGCACAAGGGAGUCAUCAUCUUCAAACCUCGUUCCACGAAGAGAGUCUUUCAGUUUCCCAAAGAGAUGAUAGUCACAUGGAGCCAGGUCAGGACUGUAAGGCGGGUGUUUCAGUGUUGUCCAUCCCAGUUUUGUGAUCGCUUCCAUGGUUUUUUUACUGACAUGUGGCUGUGCAUUGUCGUGCAACAGCAAAACGUCCUGCUUUUACCGAUGUGGUCGAACACGACUCAGUUGAGCUUGAAGUUUCUUCAGUGUCGUCACAUAUGCAUCAGUAUUUAUGGUGGUUGCACUUGGCAUGAUGUCCACAAGCAAGAGUCCUUCGAAAUCGUAAAACACCGUAGCCAUAACUUUUCCAGCAGAAGGUCUGCUUUUUUUUUUCUUGGGUGACUUUGCAUGAUGCCACUCCAUUGAUUGCUUCUUCGUCUCUGGUGAAAAAUGAUGGAGCCAUGUUUCAUCAUCUGUCACAAUUCUUCCAAGAAAUUCAUCUCCGUCAUUCUCGUACUGUUCCAAAAGUUCGCUGCAUACCGUUUUUCUUGUUUCUUUGUGAGCCACUGUCAACAUCCUGGGAACCCAGCUGGCACAAACCUUUUUUAACGCCAACACUUUCAGUAUUCUGCAAAGACUUCCUUCCCCAAUCCCAACGUAGCGUGACAAUACGUUCACUGUGAUGCAUCUGUCAGCAAUCACCAAUUCGUUAACUCUCUGCACAUUGCCUGGAGUGUGUGCAGUACGAGGCCUGCCGGUGCGAGGACAAUCCUCAAUAUUGCCGUUCCCGCUUUCAUCACGUAACCUGCUUGCCCACCGAAUAACUGUACUGCGAUCGACAGCAGCAUCUCCAUACACCUUUUUCAACCUCUUGUGGAUGUUUCCCACUGUCUCGUUUUCACAGCACAGGAAUUCUAUGACAGCACGUUGUUUCUGACGAACGUCAAGUUUAGCAGCCAUCUUGAACACAUGCGGUGACGGCGUCACUCACGGGAACAUGUUGAACUAAGUUUGAAAACAAGCGGGAAGGAUGUAUCUACGCAUUGUAAAACUUUCAAUCAUGCAGAAAGAAAACUGUAUUUUUACAAAAAUAGUGUGCAUUUCUUUUGGCGUGACCCUCGUAGCUGCAAACUUUCAGUUGCCCUUGUGGUUUUACAGUCAAUUCACACUGGACGUCAGCGGAACGCCCCUGUAGAGGAAUGGUGUCUUCACAUUAGACGGUAUAGGAAUACGACAUGGCAGUGCCUAUGUUAUUCUGAAUUACGCUGCAAAGUUUCUUUGGACAUGGAAGCAUGUCCAAAGGAGUAGGCACUGUGGCGACUACAGCCGUUAUGAAACACAUUAAAUGUGACGAAAUUGCGAAUAUGGACAACAAUCAGCUUCUAAAUGGGUUGACAACAAUAAAAUUUGUGCCGGAACGCGAUUCGAACCUAGAUUUCCUACUUACCACGAGCGGUCGCCUUACCAUUUGGUCAUCCACGCAUGACUCACUGCCAGAUCCAGACUUCCAUAUGUCGUCAGCCACGUGUCUACACCCUGUACUCGUACAUCCAUUAUGUACAUUCCCGUACAGGUGAGAGAUGUUACUUGUAGGUCACUUGCCCGAUGUCGGUGGACAAGAACUAUACUGCAGUGCCGGUGUUAUUGGGAAUUACGAUGCAAAGUUCCUUUGAGCAUGCAUGCAUGUCCAAAGGAAAAGGCACUGCAGCGUCUGCAGCCGUUAUGAAAUACAACAAAUGUAUUCGCAGUUGCGAGGGAACUUCGUAUCGUACUCUGACUAACACAGACACUGUAAUAUCGUAUUUAUCCGCCGACAAUGCCUCCCACUGCGCAAGCUACUUUCAACUAACAUGUCUCACCUGUAUGGGAAUAUAUAUAAGGUAUGUACAAGUACAGGCUGUAGUCGCACAGUUAACAAUGUAUGGAAGUUUGAGUCUGGCCAUAAGGCGUGCACAGAUAGUCAAAUGGUAAGAUGACUGCUCGCUAUGGGCAGGAAAUCCGGGUUCGAGUUGUGUUCCGGUACAAAUUUUCAUUGUCAUCAUUCCUUUUCUACAGCUGAUGGUUGUGUAUUUCACACUGCAAUUACAUUUAAUGGAGCAGAAAUACAACGUCACUUCGUUUAGCACAGUGCAGAACAGUGAAACUACGUUUCUUACAUAUCAUAUAUGAUACAGAAAGACAAAAGACAGUACCAGAUAUGAUACAGAAAGACAAAAGACAGUACCAGAAUGAAGGAACUAGUCGUUUGUAAUCUUGGUCUCUGCCUGGCAAACAACAGAGCGCCAGAAUUAAUGCUACUUGCUCAUGUGAUGGUUGUAUACAUUCACAAUAAAUAACUACCGACAUUGGA